UGUCGUCACUAUCAGUUGCUGGUGGGUGGAUCGGAGGAGGUUUACAUCUCUGUCUGUCUCUCUCUUUCUCCCUCGCCGAUUUAGCGCCACCUUUUAUGAACUCAAGGCUUUUCCUGCAAUCUAGCUCCAACUCAAUAGAUAAGCUAGAGAGAGAAACUUUUGAGAGGAUUGUUGUGCUUUUGUUUUCUAUUUAAAACCCUACCCCGUCUCCAUUUUCCCAUUCUUGAACCUUUCCAUCUCUUUCCUUUUCCUUCUCUUUCUCAGUGAUUCUCGGGAUCUCAUCUCUCUCUCUCUCUCUUUUGUAGACAACAACUCCUAGUAGACAGACAAUUAGUUCAUUCCUCGGUGCAGAACAGAACAGUUUGGAUUCACUUCAAUUCCCAAGGAACGCUAUUAAUUGCUCUUUCCACCUAACUUCUUUUCUUUGUCCCCUUAACUUGAUUGCCUUUCUUUUUGGCUGGAUUUGACGAUAUUCUUCUUAUAAAGAUUGUCAAUCAAAGGCAUCCCAGAAGCUACCAUAUUGAAUACGUACGUGCUGCAAAAGAGGUUAAUUAAAAUCUAGAGAAGAUAUGAAUACUUUUUCACAUGUUCCUCCUGGCUUUCGCUUCCAUCCCACCGAUGAAGAACUUGUUGAUUACUAUCUUAGGAAAAAGGUAGCUUCUAAAAGGAUUGAUCUAGAUAUCAUAAAAGAUGUCGAUCUCUAUAAAAUCGAGCCAUGGGAUCUUCAAGAAUUAUGCAAAAUAGGAAGCGAUGAAGAAAAUGAAUGGUAUUUCUUUAGUCAUAAAGACAAGAAGUACCCCACUGGGACUCGUACCAAUAGAGCUACAAAGGCAGGGUUCUGGAAGGCUACAGGAAGGGACAAGGCAAUUCACUCUAGCCCUAGGCAUUUCCUUAUUGGCAUGAGAAAGACUCUCGUCUUUUACAAAGGACGAGCCCCCAAUGGACAGAAAUCUGACUGGAUCAUGCAUGAAUACCGCCUAGAAACUAAUCAAAAUGGAACUACUCAGGAAGAAGGCUGGGUUGUAUGUAGAGUGUUCAAAAAACGAAUGACAACAGUGAGGAAAAUGGGGGAGUAUGAGUCACCAUGUUGGUAUGAUGACCCAGCUGUCUCAUUCAUGCAAGAGCUUGAAUCCCCAAGCAGAAUUUCUAACCCUUAUGCAUCAUACCACCAGCACUACCCUUUCAAGAAGGAGUUGGAAUUGCAAUUCAAUAUACCCCAUGAUGCUUUCCUCCAACUUCCACAGCUAGAGAGUCCCAAAGUUCCUCAAUCUUCAACCAGUUUGAAUUGUAGCCAAGUUAUCCCAUAUGGCUAUGGUAGCAAUAAUAAUGGCAAUGCUUUGCAGUCAUUGUCACUCACGCAAGAGGAACACAUAAAACAACAUUGCCAGCAACAAAGUCUGCAAUUUCCGUAUGGUAGCAAUGAUCAAGCAGUGGACCCUGCUACGGAUUGGAGAGUACUUGACAAAUUUGUGGCUUCUCAGCUCAGUCACGAUCAACAUUUUUCCAAGGAAACAAGUUAUUCCAAAGUGGCCGAACAAAUUAAGUUGCUAGCAAACGGAUGCACAAAAACGGAGAUUGGCCAGGAGAUGGCUUCAACUUCCACCCUUCCACCUCCAGUUGCCAGAUUGACCUGUGGAAAUGAAAGUUUAUAGCUAGAAGAUGCAUACUAUACUAAUUAUAGGGAGUACAGUUUAACGCUCUCGAAAAAGACAAAAAAAAAAACACACACACACUUAUGUACAUGAUAUACCCUAAAUUAUUAAAUAUCCUAAGAUGUUGAAAAUCUGCAGGUGACAGUGUGUCAACUAAUAAUCUGGAAUCGAUAUGAUGCAAGAAAUACACAUAUAGCAUAUAUAUAACUUCGAUUUGUUGUAAUGAAUUCAGUGCAAAUUUUAUUUAUCUA